CAGUCUGUCAUCGUAGAAGAGGAAGCUGAUCAUAGCGGUUCGUCCAUGUCCUGCGUGUGUGAAUAGUUCCUGGUCAGCUCUGUUCUGACCUGUACCUGGAGAGGAAAAAAAACAAACACCUGCAUGUUUAUACUUAUUGAACGAUGUAUCACCAGCCUGUGUUGAAGAACAGACGGACUCUGCUGGAGAGAGCGGAGAAGUUUGUGUCCGAUAUUUAUUUCACAGACUGUAACCUGAGGGGACGACUCUAUGGAGAUUCCUGUCCCCUGGAAUCAGUUGCUUCCUUCUCGUGUCCUACACGAGUCUCUUUCGCUGAAGCCUCCCAGCAGACUUUUACCCCUUAUCAAGUCGGCGAGACCUUUGGACCGACGUGGUGGACAUGUUGGUUUAAGGUGAUGCUAGAAAUCCCCACGACCUGGGAAGGAAAAGAGGUUCACCUGCUGUGGGAGAGUGAUGGAGAGGCGAUGGUGUGGAGAGAUGGACAACCAGUGCAGGGUCUGACUAAAGACGGUGAGAAGACGUGCUACAUCCUAUCUGAGUGUCUGAAAAAUGAGGAGCCACACAGUGUCACGGUUUAUGUAGAGGUGGCCUGUAAUGGACUCUUUGGAGCAGGGAAAGGAACCUUUAUUGGAGCUCCAGACCCUGACAAGAUGUAUUCAGUACAGAGAGCUGAGCUGGUGGUGUUUAAUCGAGAUGUCAGGGAGCUACUGACGGAUUUUGAGAUGCUUGUUGAUAUUGUGAAGGAACUAGGGGAAGAAGAGCAGCGAGGCUACCAGGCUCUCUUCACUGUGAAUGAGAUGGUCAAUCUCUGUGACCCCAGUGACCCCAGCUCCUUCACCAAGGCACACAUGCUGGCUCACAAAUUCUUUAGCCAGAAAAAUGGAGAUAGCCAACACUGUGUCCACACAAUGGGACACUGCCACAUUGACACAGCCUGGCUGUGGCCUUAUGAAGAGACCAUUCGUAAAUGUGGACGCAGCUGGGUGACAGUGAUUGGUUUAAUGGAGAAAAACCCAGAGUUUGUCUUCACCUGCUCUCAGGCCCAACAGUUCCAGUGGGUUAAGAGCUGGUACCCAGGCCUUUUCUCUGAGAUACAACAUUAUGUCAAGAAAGGCCAGUUCAUUCCAGUUGGAGGAACAUGGGUGGAAAUGGAUGGAAACCUGCCCUCAGGGGAGUCUAUGGUCAGACAGUUUCUUCAGGGGCAGCGUUUCUUCAACCAAGAGUUUGGGUUUUACUGCAGGGAGUUCUGGCUUCCAGAUACGUUUGGCUACUCGGCACAGCUUCCUCAGAUAAUGCAAGGUUGUGGCAUUUCUAACUUUUUGACACAGAAGCUGAGCUGGAACCUGGUCAACACUUUUCCCCAUAGCACGUUUUUCUGGGAAGGUCUGGAUGGCUCCAAAGUUUUAACACAUUUCCCUCCAGGAAAUUCCUACGGAAUGAAAGGGAACAUUGAAGAUCUGGUAAAAACUGUAAAGAAUAACAAAGAUAAAGGCAGAGCCAAUCACAGCGCCCUCUUGUUUGGUUUCGGUGAUGGUGGUGGCGGACCCACACAGCUGAUGCUUGACAGGCUGGACCGGGUCAGAGACACAGAUGGGCUCCCAAGAGUUGUGAUGUCCAGUCCUGACAAGCUUUUCACCCAGCUUCAGACUGACUCUGCUCUGCUCUGCACCUGGAGUGGGGAGCUCUUUUUGGAGCUACAUAAUGGCACCUACACCACGCAGGCUCAGAUUAAAUGUGGGAACCGCCAAUGUGAGACCCUCCUUCAUGAUGUGGAGGUGGCCAGCAGCUUAGUGCUGUGUCGGGACAGGACAUUUAACUAUCCUGUGGAGAAACUGCAGGAGCUUUGGAGGCUCCUUUUACUGAAUCAGUUUCAUGAUGUGAUUCCUGGCAGUUGUAUAGAGCUGGUGGUGAAGGAUGCUCUCAGGUAUUAUGAAGAUAUUGUUAGAGAUGGUACAGUGCUGCUGCGUGAAGCAACUGAAGCCCUGGGGUCAAAAGGAACCAGUACUGGUGUGUUUAACUCACUGCCCUGGGAACGGUGUGAAGUCAUCCAGACUCAAGACUCAGCUGGAAAACCUGCUCUUGCACUGGUGCACGUCCCCAGUGUUGGUUUAUCUCCUGUCAAAGACACACAGACCGUGACUCCAGUAUCCGUCACCGUUCAGGCCAACGGCACUGUCGUCAUGGAGAAUGGGAUUUUACGGACUGUUGUGAACAAAGAUGGCACUUUGGCAUCUCUGUGUUUGAUCGAGUCAAACAGAGAAGCGAUCUCAGACAACGUUCAGGGGAAUCAGUUUGUCAUGUUCCACGACGUCCCUCUGUAUUGGGAUGCCUGGGAUGUAAUGGACUACCAUCUUCAGACCAGGAAGCCUGUGCUGAACGUGGAGAAUCCCAUUCACGUGGUGUCCUCAGGUGGAUUACGAGGGGUCCUGAGUUUCAGCCUUAGGAUCAGUGAACAAAGCACCAUUACUCAGAAGAUUGUCAUGGAUGCCAAUUGUCCUUACAUCAAAUUUGAAACUGAGGUCAUGUGGGCAGAGUCCCACAAGUUUCUGAAGGUGGAGUUCCCAGUGCAAGUACGCAGCUCAGCUGCUACUUAUGAGAUCCAGUUUGGUCAUCUGCAAAGACCCACGCACAGAAAUACAUCAUGGGACUGGGCCAGGUUUGAGGUUUGGGGACACAAGUGGGCUGACUUAUCAGAACACAACUUUGGUGUUGCACUACUAAACGACUGCAAAUACGGCUACUCGGUUCACAAGAACACCAUGACACUAUCGCUGCUGCGAGCACCAAAGGCUCCAGAUGCCAAUGCUGACAUGGGAAUACACCAUUUCACCUACGCCAUCAUGCCACACACAGGAUCCUUUCAAGAUGCAUCUGUGAUCCAGAGCGCCUACAACCUCAACUUCCCUCUGAGGUUGUUACAGUGUGCUCCAGACACCGUGCCCUGGAGUGCCUUUUCAGUCAGCACUGAGGCAGUAAUCCUGGAGACCAUUAAACAGGCUGAGGACAGAGAGGGGGCUCUUGUAGUGCGGCUCUAUGAAUCACAUGGUGGCAGUGUCACAGCAAUGCUCUCCACUGCCCUGACAGUGAAAGAAGCCUGGCAUUGUGACCUGCUGGAGAGACAGGACUCCACACGGCCAGCAGACAUCACCUCAGAAGGAAUCGCAUUAAAAUUUAGCCCUUUUCAAAUCGUGUCCCUUCUGCUAAUCCUGUAAUCACCCAGUAUCAGUGAGAUGACAUGUUGUUUAGUGCUUAAAUGCAUAUGUUAUGAAGGUUCCUGAAAUGCAGGUUCAAAAUAUUGAUUCUUAAGCAAAAGAGAACUCUAAAUCAUUUCUAAAUCAAGCAUCUGUAGCUUGUCUAUUUAUUACCUGAUUUUAUAGUUAUAAAAUUUACUAAAUAAAAUUUGUUAAAAAGAAACCACCACUUUUGUUUUUGUAUCGCAAUGGUGGACUUUAAUAUUUAAAAUGUAAAGAUCGUUAUAUGAUCUCCCAUUCUGACUUUGACUACAGUAAAAUCCUAAAUAAUAAAAAUCCUAUAAAUGU